AUGUCAGUGGAUAAAAUCAGACCAUACAACGACCCACGGAUCUCACUGCGCAGCGCGCACCUGAACGGGAUCACGUAUGGGUACCUGUACAGCCCGGCAUCUGCCUCAGCAGUAAAGAAGCGAGGCACCAUUUUCCUGGUCCACGGUUUCCCCGACCUCAGUCUGGGCUGGCGGUACCAGAUUCCAUUGUUGACCCAGCUCGGCCUGGACGUGGUGGCGGUGGACUGCAUUGGUUACGGCCGCACAGAGGCCCCGCCGUUCAAGCUGCAAGAUUACACAUACCGGCGGGCGGCGGACGACCUGGCGGAGCUGGCUCGACAGCUCGGACUGACACAGAUCAUCCUGGGCGGACACGACUGGGGCGGCGCCAUUGUCUACCGCGUCGCCCAGUAUUACCCACAACUAAUCAAGGCCGUCUUCAGCAUCUGCACCCCGUACUUCGCGCCCUCAAACAAGUACGAGCCGCUGGGCAUCCUGGUGCAGAAGCGCCUGCCCAACUUCGCGUACCAGUUGCACCUUGCCUCGGGUGAGAUCGAGGCUGCCGUCCAGUCGCCCGCCGAGAUCCGCCAGUUCCUCAACAACCUAUAUGGCGCCCGCACCUCGGAGGGCAAGUUCGCCUUCGACACCAACACGGGCGUCGACCUGGCCGGCCAACCCCGCGUGGGCAAGACCAAGCUACUCGAUGACGAUGAGCUAGACUACUACGUAACCGAGUACUCCCGCCACGGUCUCCAUGGACCGCUCAACUGGUACCGCAACCGCGAGGACAACUUCAUGAACGAGUGGAGGGACUUUUUCCAGUCCGGCAACAAAGACGCCGCCGAGGUCGCUCGCGACGUGACCAUUCAACAGGAGGUCUUGUUCGUCCUUGCCACCAGGGAUCAAGCACUCAAGCCUUUUAUGGCCGAGAGGAUGGGCGAGCAGAUUCCCAAUCUUACCAGGCGCGAGGUAGCCACCAGUCAUUGGGCGUUGUGGGAACAACCCGAAGAAAUCAACCGCCUCAUUGAGGAAUGGCUGCAGGAAAAGGUGUUUGAUCAGACAGGUGACCGGGAGAUCAAACUGUGA